CGAUUACACCACCGCCAGUGUGUGACGUGGAUGUGACGAGUGAGGGUGUACGCGCCCUAUCCCCCAGCCACACUAACUUGGCACUUCCUCUCCUCCCUCCCAGCACGUCGCGGUAGACUGUGACCCUCGUGCCACCAGCAAAUACGUGCCCCCGUACAUGUAAGACCCUGACACUGACCAACGGAUAUAUAUAUCACUAAGAAUUAAUGAGAAAAUGGUACAUAGAGAAAAAUAAACAAAACAGCGAGUGAAGUACGUCUGUGGUUACUUUGUGAUAAGUAGUAUUCCCAUCAAGACGUGGAUUUAAAGAGUUCGACAGCAUCUUGGAGGGUGCAGUAAGGUGGAUAAUUAGUGAACGAAGACAGUGAUCAGCGGCCGGGAGUGUAUCCUGACACCGAUCCAUUACCGGGAAGCGCCUGGUCCCGCCCGCCACGAGUGGUCGAGUGGCGGCCUCAGACGACGACCUUCUCAAUAAUUCGUGAGCCGAGUGGUGGCAGAUGGUGACUGGUGCACGUGCCGCAGGUGGUGCAGGCAGCUCUUAUUGAUUGUCGGCCUGGGUCAGCUGGCACCACGAUCCUAGAGAGAGAGAGAGAGAGAGAGAGAGAUAGAGAGAGAGAUAGCAGGAGUCAACAUGUGUAGCAGCCAGGUCGCUCACUCUAAGGUGCCAGCUAAGUCAUUCAUUCGUGUGUGAUACCGAGUCUCUCUUUCAUUAACUAGGAGGACUUGUAACCUUUCGACACACACACACACACACACACACGCGCGCGGACGCUUUCCAAGGGAGUUGUCGUGUGUGCGUGUGUGAUUGCAUGACCCACCGGUGCUGCCCGUGACUGUUCCCAAUGACCACCAUGGCAUCGACGGACACCUUUCUACCGCAGGGGGACGAGGAGACCUGCCCUGCUCCCCCCCUUCAGCCUCUGUUCGACAUCAACACUAGCACCACCACCACCCCUACUUCAUACUGCUCCUCCGCUGCUACCACCACCACCACCACCACUACUACCACCACAACCAGUCAUGAAGGAGAAGGAGAUUCCAUUAUGCUACUGGAGCCACGCCCCUUCCGGCCCUUCAAGACCUCUGAGGAGUACCUGUACGCCAUGAAGGAGGACCUGGCGGACUGGCUCAACAACCUGUACAACCUUGACAUCAACGUGGAUAACUUCUUCGAGAGGCUGGACACUGGCGAGGUCCUCUGUGCGCAUGCAAACAACGUGCGUCGCCUGGCGGUGGAGCGCGGCAACCAGGACUCACCGGGGCCACACCAUGGGCAGAGCGGCGGGCGGCGGUACUCCAGCAAGUGGGAGAUUCCGCAGUACGACGUGGUGUACCGCCAGAACAUCAUGCCGGGUUCCUUCUUCGCCAGGGACAACGUGCACAAUUUCAUCACGUGGUGCCGCGACCUGGGCAUCCACGAAGUACUGCUCUUUGAGACAGAUGACCUGGUGCUGCUCAAGAACGAGAAGCACGUCAUCCUCUCCCUGCUCGAGGUGGCACGCCGAGGAGCCAGGUUCGGCAUGGCGGCGCCUCUGCUGGUCCAGAUGGAAGCAGACAUCGACAGGGAGAUGGAGCAGGAACGGCUGGCGGAGGAGCGCAUGGCGGAGAGUGGCGGGAAGCUGGAGGAUGAGGAAGCGUGGGGCUCGAUGACGCAGGACUUGGCCGCACCAGAGCCGCCCAAGAUGUUCUACGGCCCAGAGGCGCAGAUCAUCACCAACGAUUUGAAGAGUCUCGACGAAAUGGUGAGUACUCCUUGCGACUCCUUGGGACCCCUUGCCUCUGUUCCGAAAGGUUUGAGUGUCUUAUCGUAACUUGGGGCGGUUCUAGUGUGGGUUAUUGGGACGCUUGCAGUAUAUAGAUAAUUUUUCUUUCUUUUUUUUUUUUACGUUUUCUAUGCAC